AUGGGCUGUAAAUCCAAGAUAAGCCCAGUACCUAGGCGAGUUGAAACGCAGCGGCGCCCUCUGGCGGCACCCCGGGUUUCCGGGCGUCUUUGCCCACAGCCGGGAAGACAGGAGCGAGGCCACAGCUCAGUGAAGAUGUCUCUGUCCCAGACUGACCGCGCUCUGGUUCUCGCGCUGUGGAAAAAGAUGAGCACCAAUGUUGGAAUCUACACUACCGAGGCCUUGGAGAGGACCUUCAUGGCUUUCCCCUCCACCAAAACCUACUUCCCACACUUGGACCUGAGCCCCGGCUCUAGUCAGGUUAAAGCCCAUGGCCAAAAGGUAGCCGAUGCACUGACUCUCGCUGCCCACCACCUGGACGACCUGCCUGGUUCUCUCUCUGCUCUCAGCGAUCUGCAUGCUCACAAGGUCCGCGUUGACCCCGCUAACUUUCAGUUCUUCAGCCACUGUCUGCUGGUGACUCUUGCCCGACACUAUCCUGGAGACUUCAGCCCAAAGAUGCACGCCUCCCUAGACAAGUUCCUGGGCCUUGUGACUUUGGCACUGGUCUCCAAAUAUCGCUGACGAUGUAUCCUGGGAUCCCAAAGCAAGGUUCCAAGAGGCUGGAAUUUCAGCUAAGCUGGAGUCAUAGACCUCCUGUGAAAGCUGGCAGAUCCUUGUAUUUUGGUUUGGUUUAUUUUUCGUUUUAAGAUAGGCUUAAUGGUCUCGUGUAACCCAGCCUGGCCUCUCAGAUCCAUAAUAUAGACUAGGUUGGUUUUGAA